AUGUGUGAUAAAUCAAACGGUCACGGUAUGGCCGACGGUAGUGUUGGUGGUCGCAAUAUAACAAUCGAAGCUGGUACGAAUAAUGGCGGAACGUCGGCGGAAUCGGUCAGAAGUCUCACCGAAUCGCCCGGCCCUGGCGGCCAACGUUUGGGGCAGAAUGACAUCGUACAGCAGCAGUUUACACGCUUUGCAGAUUAUUUCGUAAUCUGCGGAUUGGAUCUGGAUUCCGGGCUGGAGCCGGAUUUAUUUGCAGGUGACAGUCUCCAUUGCUCACCGCUAGACAGCGCGUACAAAAGCAAACCGCUCGGCCAUUAUCCGGAGCACGUCGCGUGGAAUCCGUUCGAUGCGCACGGCAUCUGUAUGCUGUCCCUGCCGCAAGGUUUGCGCUUUCGCACCCAAAAGCACAACAUCGAGCCGCGGUUCCACGCGUUCGCGACGACGCGCGAGGACGGCAAGCGGUGCUACGGCUUUAGCUUGGUGUUCUACGAGGAAGUGCGCAACCGUCAGAUAUGUAGCGCCAUGCACACGCUCCAGUCGAUGUUCAUUACGGAAAUAUCCAGCUCGCAGCAGCCACCGCCGGGUACGCUGAGGCGCGUAAAGGAAAGCCCCGUCAGCCGGUCCCUGCCCAGACACUUUAAAAUAGCCGCCCAAGCGCCGGCAUCCGCGCUCAGCUACUAUGACGUCACGAAGGAUAAGCUGUACGUGGCCAAGAGCCUGUCGCUCGUCUGUCAGGUGCCGUACGCGCACGUGGCGGAACUAUUUCUGCAGAAUCUCUAUCGUUGUCUUCCGCGACAUCCCGGUUCCCGGCUAAGUCUGGAAAGCUACGUGUACAACAUCCUGUACGAGGUGUCGACACCGCCGCCGGGAAAAUCGAUACGAAUAUACAUACCCCCGGAAGAACCCCACCUACCUCCCAUCGCCACCAUACUGCAGCGACCGGCGCAGAAAGACGAGCUACCCUUCAUGGAUUUCCCAUUGCGGCUGUUAUUUACCUAUCUCGGUGUCGAGUGUGUCAUCCAGCUGUUCACGUGCGUGCUGCUCGAAAGCCAAGUGUUGCUCCGCUCGUCGGACUAUCAAAAGCUAACGAUCGUGGCCGAGUGCAUCACGUCGCUGCUGUUCCCCUUCCAGUGGCCGCACGUGUACGCCCCAAUACUGCCCGCCUCGCUGCACCACUUCCUCGACGCACCGGUCCCGUUCGUGAUGGGGCUGCAUGCCGACUGUGACAGCAGCGUACGGAUCGGCAGCGAGGCGAACCUGUGCUAUGUGGACAUCGACAAGAAAUCGGUACAGCUGCCCGAGGAGCUACCCUCCUUCCCGUACCGGCACGAUUUCAUCUCGGAAAUCACGGCCGUGCUCGAUAAGUAUGCGGUGCCGCGCGACCGUUCACUCGAUCCGCCUAGCAUACUCAGCCCAAAGAAUCUCCUCAAGGACCAUGACAUGAUGACGGCGAGCUGUACGCUGCCGUCCGGGAUGCACGUACGCCGGAAGCAUUCGCUGCACGAUCUGCUCGACUGGGAUCGGCCGAACUCGCCCGAUAUGCCACUGCCCGCGACAGCCGUACCGGCACGCCCGGACGUUCGGCAAAGGAUCGUCGAUAUUGUGCGACGCAGCGGUGGCGAUGAGGUGGACAGCAGUGGGGGACCGAACGAGGUUAUGCCGAGUGCCAAGCAGAAGCAGCCGCUCUCGACGCUCGAGCAGUACUAUGAAGAUCUGAGACUGAACAAUGCACUGCGCGAAAUAUUCCUCAACCGGUUCGUGCAGAUGUUUGCUGCGUACGAGCAUUUCGUUAUACUUCCAAAUCAGAGCAAAGAUGAAUGGUUGACGAACAGAGAGUCGUUACACAACUUCGACAAAGCGUCGUUUCUUUCGGACCAACCCCAGCACCAUCGCCCGUUCCUGUCCCGCUUUCUCGAGAGCCAAAUGUUUGCCACGCUGAUCGAUAACAAAAUCAUGCUCUCGUGGGGUGACGAUCUGAACGGAUGUCAGCUGGUGGACAGCUUGAACGGCGACAUGGAGUACAGUUUGAAGCUGUUCGAUUCAAGGAUAAAAAUUUUACGUAAACGGUACGGUGGCGAAAGUAUGAUCCGUACCGCCAACUAUGAACCAUGUAUACUAGCCCGAGAAACGCAAAAGUUGCUGGACAAACGGUUGCAGGCAGUUGACAUGGAGGUGGCGCCACCGAGUGAAAUCCUGGACAAGCGGCCACCCUAUUACCGGAGCUUCCCGCUGCUGGAGAAAUCCGUCCUCAACCAAGAAUGCGUCUCGAGAGGCAACAGUUUGCGACGGGUGAAAAAUGGCAGCACGAAAUGGAAGGUGAAAGAGAUUUCCCUCGAUGGUGGUGCAUCAAAUGUGUCUGGGCUGUCGAAAGAUGCGGAUGGGAAUAAAUCUAAUCGUAACUCGGCCAACCUGUCCGGUGCCGAAAUUAGUCCGGCUCUGCUGGCACAAGCGAACUGGACAUUCGUUGAAAAACUUUUAAAGGACAUCAAGAGCAAAACGAAACGUAUGCUGCUGGAAAAAAUGGGCACGGAGGCAAUAGAGCUGGGUCUUAGUGGGGAAGCGUCAGUUACGGGUGUGGAGGAGAACACAAUGAUUGCCUCAUUGUGCGAUCUACUGGAGAAAGUAUGGUCACAUGGGCUUAUCAGCAAGCAGGGUAAAUCGGCCCUCUGGACCCACCUGGCAGCGUAUCUGGAGAUAAAGGAUUGUCAAAACCCGGGCAAACAUCAGAUGGAAAACAGCUAUCUCACCCCAGAAAAAGCACGCAGUAACUCCGAAACGCGCUAUCGCACUGUGAAGCCACCGAAAAGCGGCGGCACCACGGGUGGCUUUAAGUAUCACACUACCAUUGCGCACAAAAUACGUCGCCUGCAGGGCAUCGGGGGUAGCAACAACGGUGGCCGGGUGGCCACGGGUAGCGGCACGCUGUUGUACUCGGCACCAUCAUCAUCGGCGGACACGGUACCAACGUCGCCGGGUCGCUUUACUAACUUUAUGUUGUCCGAUGUCGUUGCUUCUUUUGUCGGUAUGCGUAAUGGGUCGGUAGCUAACCUGUUUGCCACGCGCAGUCACUGCGAUCUUUCAUCUUUAGCCAUCGAACCGCAACUUCCACCGCCUUCCCCUACCCGUGGCCGGUCCAAAUCUCGGGAACGUAAAAGUCUUGGUCCCGAGCAGUUGCGGCCACUUCCGGAAUCGCUAGAAUUUGACAUCCGCAACAUUUUAGCGAUGACGGACAUUAAAACGCACAUCGGAUACGCCCGAGCCUGGGUACGGUUGGCGCUGGAAAAGAAGGUACUGUCCCGUCACCUGCGAACGUUGCUUUCGGAUGCCGCACUGUUGCGCCAGCUCUACAAACGGUCCGCAUUCGUACGGUGCGAUGACGAGGUGGAACAGUUCCUGUACCAUUUGCUUACGCUGAAUGCGGUUGAUUAUUUCUGCUUCACCAACACUUACCCGACAACGAAGCUGCCGUACCGUGUGGUUAUAUUCCCUUCGAAGAAAUCUAGCGCUGCUACGACAUCGGCAAACGUUUGGAUAGCGAUAUCGGGCAGCCUGGGUGAAACGCAAAUCAUCAACGUACCGCGACAUUCGCUAGAGUUUGUGUUUCAUCAUAAAACCCUCGGCAUCUUAACGUCCUUACGGAUUGGGCAUGAUGAUACGGGAAUGUCAUCGAAGUGGCUGGUAGAGCAUGUAGUUAUAAGAAACGAAGUUACGGGACAUACUUACAAAUUUCCAUGCGGUCGAUGGCUUGGUCGUGGGAUCGAUGAUGGUUCAAUAGAAAGGUUGCUGAUCGGUCAGCUUGUGCCGCGUACCGUGGACAGCGAAGAGCUGGUAGAGGCGUGCCGGACACCGCCCCGUACCCGUAGCCCCAGCAUACAGCGGCCGGAGGUACGCCCGUCCGACAUACAGCACAUGCUGGGUGAUUGCGUGAACGCGAUCGUAAAGUGGCAUUACCGGCCGAGCAGGGAUCGGGACGCCAGCUCACUAACGAACCUGCUGUGCGGUGAGAAUGGGCUGGUCAAGUGUCUCGAGCAGGCCUUCCUGUGUGGGUUCCGCUCGUCCCGUCUGUUCGGCCGUAACUUCUACCUUUGGGACUACUUCGUGCGGGUGAAGGAACAGUUCGAGAUAUGCUUGGUGGAGGAAUCGGUGGAAACGGUGCGCGGUGGUGGUGCCACCGGUUCGCCACCGACCAGUGGUUCGAGCCCCGAAUCCCCACCGCAGGGUACGAGUCUCGGUGGGAGCCAUCAUCUGGGUGGCACCGGCAACGGUGGUGGAGGUGGUGGUGGCAAUGUUGCUGGUGUCGCUCUCUCGCCCGUCGCGCGGCAGGAACUGUCAGCCGUGUGGCACUGCUACUGUCACCUGAUGGACGAGAUCAAUAACGUAAAGCAAACGUUGGGCAAGGAUGGUCGGUUCCAAUUGUUUAUCUGUUUGAGUUUGAGAGAACAUCUCCUGCACCGGAUGCUGGUGCCGAUGGCGUAUACACGCGUGACGGCCGAGAUGUACGAGGAGCAGAGCUUCAUGCGAAAGAAGGGACUGCUGACAUUCCUGCGUCAAAUAUUGGAACCUUUGGACGAGUUUCACAUAGUGCUGGAAAACUCAAUUACCCAAGGUAUCGGAUCUCACUGUUAG